AACACGGAAAACUCUAAUUCGAGCACUUACAACCCCCUAAAAACUGCUCGAAUCGCUUUACAAGGAACUGUCAAAAGCAUGUGUUCGAUUAAAUAACAUGUAAACAAAACGAAAAACCUCUGUACAUAGCAGCGCCGCAAGGAUGGAUUACGAAUUACGGAAUAUCAAGGAUUUUCUGCAACUGUACAACAAAAUCACCGAUAUGUGUUUUAACUCCUGCGUGGACAAUCUGUUCGGCCGGGAUCUGACGCGUGAGGAAGUAUCGUGCGCUGAUAAUUGUGUCCUAAAGUUUACCAACGUAAAUCAGCGAUUGUUGAAGGUGUAUGUUGGCGUGCAGUCGGACAUUAACCAGCGCCGGUUGGCUGAGAUGGAGACACAGCAGGCAAAAAUGGUAGCAGAAGCACAGCAGCAGCAGCAACAAGAGCAACAAGCAGCAGCAGCAGCAGCAGUUCCAGCAACGCCCGAAGUGGCCACUGCAUCAAACUCUACAGAACCUUCCGUAGCAUAAUAGAGCCAAGCCACCACCGCCUGGCCAAUGCUGAGUGAUUAAUUUUUAUAUCGUUUUUUAGUUACACUUACAAAAUGGCUAGAAUAUGUUUGAACGUGCUUGUCGGCAUCCCGGGGUCAGGGAAAACCACCUACUGUCAGCAGCUCGUUGCGUUACCGGGCCGAAGGUUUGCAGUUGUUCACGUAUGUUAUGAUUCGUACAUCAAGAUUGAUCGUCAUUAUGAUACGUUUCGGGAUGUGACCGGUUUGUACAAGACAAGCCGUCAGAAGCUAUUAACUUACAUUGAAAUGAUCAUACAUGCGCUGAAAGAGAACGAUCACUCUCAACUAGAUGAAGCGUUGUUUCGUUUGCGUCAAGAAUUUAAACAUGAAUUGUGCAUUUCUUCAAGCCUAAUGCGCUCAGACGUUGUGUUCGUAAUCGAUGAUAAUAACUACUACAGAAGCAUGCGCGUAGAAUGGCAAAAGAUUGCCCGGAAACUUUCCAUCGGUUAUUUCGAAUCCUAUUUCGACACGUCUCUUUCGCUUGCUCUGGAACGGAAUCGGGAAAGAGCCCUUCCAAUCGGUGAAGAUGUAAUCAAUCGUAUGUGGGCGCGUUUAGAAAAACCAUGCGGCAAGCUUUACCACCAAGAGCAUGACUUCAUAACAAUUAACGGCCUCAGUGUCGAUUACGAAGUCAUUGUGACAAAGAUACAAUAUUGCUUUGAACAUCCUCAGGAAAGCCCAGCAGUACAGAUGGUAGCAGAACCGAUGGAACAAUCAAACGUUCACAAGGUAGACAUUAUUUUGAGAAAAUUGGUAUCAAAAAAGAUCACCGAAGCGAAAGAUUCGAUGACGGCAACGAAGCAAAAUUUGCAAUCGUACGUCAAAGUGCUGCAGGAAAGGAAAAAGUACGUACUGGAGCAGAUUCGAACGCGUGAGCUUGAUGUAGCGGAGGAAAUGAUGAAUAACAUUGUAGAAGACUUAUUCUAAUUCAGUUUUUUUUCGUAAAUUUAAGAAUGUUCAAUAAAGCAUAAUAAAGAAAAUCAUCGAAGCGUGAAA